AUGCCAUUUUAUAUUGAAAUCACUUUACCAAAAGAAAUGAAACGUGGUGAAAUUUUACACAUUCCUAUUAGUAUCUUUAUAUUAGAUAGAAAAUAUCUAAAUCCUAUACAUAAUCAUCUUAAUCAAACCGAAUGUUAUGAUACUAUAGUUAGAAUACAAUUAAAUAAUACUGAAUGGUUAAUAACUACAUCAAAUGAAUUUACUGGUUGUAUAUGUUCUGGUGAAAAAUUAACUUAUUUAAUUGGUUUAUUACCACAACAAUUAGGUCAAUUAAAUGUAACUGUUGAAGCAUUUGCUAGUAAACAUAGUGAAUCUUGUGAAUUCAUUCAAACAAAUAAUAAUGAUAAUAAUCAAAGUUUAAUAUUUGAAUCACAAAUGAAAAUAAAUCAAUCAAAAUUAUUAUCUGAUAAAAUGACUCGUCAAAUUCAUGUCAUCCCUGAAGGUAUUCAACAAGAAACAACAUUUAGUGAUAUUAUUUGUUUAAAUGAACAACAAACUAUAUCAACGCGUCAUUUUGAAUUUAUAAUACCUAAUAAUAUUAUUAAAGAUUCAUUUCAUAGUUAUAUAUCAUAUAGUGAUGAAGUAUUAGGACCAGCAUUAGUGAAUUUAGAUAAUCUUAUACGUUUACCAACUGGUUGUGGUGAACAAAAUAUGAUAUUAGUAGCACCAAAUGUUUAUAUAUUAGAUUAUUUAAAAUCUACACCAAAUACUGGAUUCAAUGAUAAUAAAGAAAAAUAUAUACAAUCAGCUCAAUCUUAUAUUCUAUCUGGUUAUUAUCAACAAAUGAAAUAUCGUCGUGAUGAUGGAUCAUUUUCUGCAUUUGGUCAAUCAGAUAAACAUGGUAGUACAUGGUUAACAGCAUUUGUAUUACGUGUAUUUGCUAAAGCUUAUCUAUUACAAUCCAAUUUAACGAUUGAUUGGAAUCAUUUAUUUAAUGGUACUAUAAAUUACUUAUUAACUCAUCAAAAUAAUGAAACUGGUUGUUUUGAAGAAUAUGGUAAAGUAUUAUAUUCUCCAUUACAAGGUAUUAGUGGAAUAGAUGAAAUACAAUGGAGAAAUAUUCUACUAACAAGUUAUGUUAGUUCAGCAUUAUUUGAAAUACAAUCAACAUUGAAUAAAGAUAAGACUGAGAAUUAUUUACAUGCUAAAAACUAUACUACUGAAAUAAAUAGAUCAUUUGAUACUACUUUCAAAUGUUUAAAUAAUAAAUUAAUGAGCCUUAAUUCUUUGAAAGAGAUACCUACAUCAGUACUUGUUCAAUUAAGUUAUACUUAUACAAUAAUUAGACCAUAUGAUGAUAUAACUAUACAACUUCAAAAUGAAACAAUUCAUAGAAAACAAAUUGAACAUGAUCAAUUUGGUACAAAAAUAUAUUGGUCAAUGAAUUCUAAUGAAAAUAACACUAUAGCAACCGAACAAAAUCAAAAUGAACCACGUAAUUUAGAAUUAACAGCUUAUGCAUUUUUAAUGUUUAAUUCUAUGAAUCAAUCUAUUCAUGAUUUAUUUCCAAUGAUUCGAUGGAUUAGUUCACAACAAAAAUCAAAUGGUGGUUUUUAUUCAACACAAGAUACAAUACUUAGUCUUGAAGCAAUCGCUGAAUUUGCUAAACGAUUAGAUUUAUCAAAAACUUUACAUUUCAAUUUAUCAUCAAAUCUACUUAUGAUUUCAAAUAAAAUGAAUUAUGGUAACUAUACAAUGAAUGAUUUAAUGACUCCAGACAAACGACAAGUGAUUAAUCAAAUUGAAUUACCUCAAUAUAAUUUAAAUGAUCAUAAUGAAAAGAUCAUACAUUCUAUUUGGGAAUUAAAAACGAAUCAAUCACAAACCGAUUGUAUAUUAGUACAAAAUACAUUUAUAUAUAAUUUACCUGAAAAGAAAAAUAUUGAUAAAAAGAUUAAAUUAUCUAUGGAUAUUAUUCAACAAAAUCAAUUAUCAGAUGUGAACUGUAAAUUAGCUACAUUAUCUAUGUGUUUACAAUUGAAUAAUAUGAAAAAUUUAAGUAUUAUCAGUACUGGAAUGUUAUUAAUACGUGUUGCUAUGGUAACUGGUUGGGAACCAAUAUUAGAAGAAUUACAUUUACAAAUAGGUUCUGAUGAUGAAUCAUUAAGAAAAUUUACUAUCAAUGAUCAAAAUGAAAUUUCAUUAUAUUUUGAUGAAUUUUCUAAUAAUGAAACUAUAAAAUUAGGUGGUGAUUGGACAAAAUUAAAACGAUGCGUUAAUUUACCAUUAAAACAAACACAUUAUGUACAAAAUGCUAAAUUAGCAACAAUCACUGGUUAUGAAUAUUAUACACCAGAUGAAAGUGUUACAAUUCCUUAUCAAUUAGAUGAAUGUAAACAAGGAUGGAAUAUAACUAUCAAUGAAUCAUCAAUAGAUCAUUUUACUGAAUCUAUCAUAACUACUGAUAGUUCUAUAGAGGAUACAAUAACUCCACAAAUGAAAACAAUUUGUCCAUUAUGUAUAGAUCAAAUGAAUAAUACAAUAUUACUUGCUGAUGAACUAUUUACAUCUGUAUGUAAUUAUACAAAUGGUAUAUUUCUUAUCAAAGUUUUAGAAUAUAAUAAUAUUACUAUCAAUGUGACAAUCAUUCAAAUAUCACAAUCUGGUUAUACAGCUAGUUGGAAUACCACUAUAUUGUUCCCGAAUUUUAUAGGAUGUUCCUGUCAAUUAAUUCAUACACAUCAAUAUUUAAUAUUAUUUUUUGAUCAAGAUACUACUAUUUAUCAAGGUGUUGCUCAAAUUGAUUUUAAUACAUUAAAUGUUACUGCUAAAUUGAUAUCUACUAAUGAUAUAUUACCUCAUUUAGAAUUAGCAUAUCAAAAAUGGUUAACUAUAUCAUCUCAUUUAACCAUUGAUGAACAUUCUAAUUAUUAUGAUUUCUUUACUUAUAAUUGUAAACGAUUACCAUGGAUAAUUAAAUAUAUUGAAGAGAAAUUUAUGAAUUAA